AUGAUCUGGAAUAGAGGAGAAACCAUCGGGAGAGGAGGGUUUGGCCUUGUGUCGAUAGCUAACGUACAACAACAGAGUGGCGAUCAAUUUCCACACGUUAUCGCUGUCAAAACUGCAAAAAUUUCUGCAUCGGAUUCGCUCGUUAAAGAGAAGAAGUUACUUGAUGUAUUCAAUGGCUGUCCCUCUAUCCUUCAUUGUUUUGGGGACGAUGUUACCACGGAAGAAGGCGAGGAACUAUACAACAUAAUGCUCGAAUAUGCGGCCGGAGGAUGUCUAGCAGAUCGGACUAUGGGUAAAGGCUUGCCGGAGAAGAUUGUGAGACAGCACACAAAAUCCGUGCUUAUUGCCUUGAGCCAUGUUCAUAAGCUUGGAUAUGUUCAUUGUGAUAUAAAGCCACACAAUGUAUUGCUCGUAGCUGAUUCUUUACGUUCAAGAAAGAAGGGGAUCGGGGAAAUCGCUAAGUUGGCAGACUUUGGGAGUGCAAAGACCAUCAAAGAUGCCGAAGAUAACAAGGAAUUCAGGGGUACUGUUUUAUACGCGGCGCCAGAGUCCAUUGGCAGACUUUGGGAGUGCAAAGAAGAUCAAAGAUGA